CACGGCGCCCCGCGGGCGAGCGAGCGGCCUCGGCGGCGUUGCUGCCGCCGUUGCCCCCCACAGGGCUCAGCGGCGGCGGCGGAGGAUGGCGGCGGCGACGGGCGCGGCGGCAGCAGCGGCAGGAGCAGCGGCGGCGGCGGCGGGGCCGAGCGGCCGCGCGGCGGGAGCCAGCACCGUCCCGAGCAGCUCAUGGUGGCGCCCCAGACCCGCGAGCAGCGGCCGCGCCGGGGCCGCCAGCUGAGCCGGAUCCCGGCGGGCGGCUCUCCCUUCUCGACACCGACCCACCGAGCGACCCGUUCCCCUCCCCCGGCGCUCCCUCUCCCCCCACCCCAGCGCAACCCGCGCCUCAGAUCGCCCCCGCCAGGGCCGGACUCCCGCCACCCCCGGGCGCCGGGGGAAGGCGGCAGCGAAGGGCACCGGCCAGCGCCAGGCGGCGGCGGGACCAUGGGCGCGAAGCAGAGCAGCCCCACCACCGCCAACGGCCGCACCCGAGCGUACUCGGGCGGGGAUUUACCUUCCUCCAGCAGCAGCAGCAGCGGCGGCGCUAACGGGACCGGCGGGCGCUCGGCAGGCGCUGGCGGGCGGUACGCGCACCUGGCGGCGGCGCCUCAUGCCGCUCCCGGCGGCGCGGCGGCGACGGCGGCAGGAGGAGCGGCGGCGGGGGGUGCCGCGGGGUCGGCGCCCCGGAGCAGGUCCUUAGGGGGGGCCACCGCCGCCGGGGCCCGGGCUGCGCAGUCCGCCUUCAACAUACCCCACAGCAGCGGCCCCUACGGCUCGCAGGACUCGGUCAACAGCACCCCCGAGGAGGGCGGCCGGGAGCGGCCCGCGGGGGGCGGCGGCGGCACCUCCGGCGGGCCCCGGCUAGUGAUCGGCUCGCUGCCCGCUCACCUCUCGCCGCACCUGUUCGGAGGAUUCAAGUGCCCUGUAUGUUCAAAAUUUGUAUCUUCUGACGAAAUGGAUUUGCAUCUUGUGAUGUGUUUGACAAAACCAAGGAUAACCUACAAUGAGGAUGUGCUGAGUAAAGAUGCUGGGGAGUGUGCAAUAUGCCUGGAAGAGCUGCAGCAAGGAGAUACUAUAGCACGGCUGCCUUGCCUCUGCAUAUAUCAUAAAGGCUGCAUAGAUGAAUGGUUUGAAGUAAAUAGAUCUUGCCCUGAGCAUCCAUCAGAUUAAGACAAGAUUCAUGUUUUUAGCUGCUUCCACUGAUCAUAGGAGAUGUGAGGUUCCCUUGCUGAACACAGCGUGCCUGGCUUGAGACUUAACAGUUCUUUGUGGCUGAAAAAGGCAAAGAUGAACAGUGACAUGGAAAAAAGCAUUGCAGACACCAGUUACUUGCCAGUACUGCUUGGUAUACCAAACACUCAUGCAAAGGACACACAGGGAUUUUGAAAAUGCUGCACAUUCUGUAACAAUCGACUCCCCACAGACAUUGCUGACACUAUUUUGUAUCGAAGGCCAAAGUUCCUAAUUUCAGCCUAACUUCUGGUUCUGUGAAGAAGCAGGUUAUUGGACAUGUUUCCUACUGCCUCAAGUGGAAGCAGAGAUGUUCGAUACGUGCGAUCUGAGACCCUUGCAGGAGGAUGGCCCCGGUUUUGAGUGGGAACGUUUUCACCUUCUCAUUGGCUGGAGUAAAUGGCAAACUAAAUAUAAUCUAACAGUGUGACCUUAAUUUACUGAAUUCACACCCUGUUUUAUGUUCUUCACUUUUUUCAAGAACAGAAAACAUAAACUUCUCUGCAUAGGAAUACUAUAUUUCAAAAUUUUAUAACUAAACCUUUGUCACAAUGCAGUCCAAAGAGUAAAACCAAGACAGGUAACUAAUUUAUAUUGAUCAAGCUAUAGGGAUUGUUGAAAUCUGCACACUGUAUUGCUAUUUAAGUAACUUAAACUUCUCUUUUACUGCUUGUGAGUAAAAACAAACAAAAAAAAUGCAGCAAAGCAAAAUCUUACAGCUAUGCAACUUUUUUUUAAACAGAAAAAAAAAUAAGAAUUACCAAUUUUAAGUGCUGCCAGUUAAGGUAAUUUGUUUAACGGGUAUUUUUUUAAAAAUGUUUCAGGUAAUUAUUUUAUUGUACUUCUCUCAUCUCUAAGCUGCCUCCUGAGGUGUAAAUGAAUAAUUGCAAAUGUGGGCACAGUAAGAGGUUUUUAUAGGUGUGGGCGAGAUAACAUCGAGGUGGGAUUUGUGUUUCAAUUUUUAAAACACGUGUAAGUUUUUGUUUCUUUGUUUAAAUGUUUUUUUGAUGGCAGGAUCUGUAGUACUUUGCGUCUAAUUCUAUGGUCUCUUCAUGUGGAGACCAGCAUCUGACAGUGUGGUUUGGGUUGUUUUUUUUAAAAUGCACCUGCAUUUGUCUAAUUUAUUAUCAUUGUUAUUAUUAUUAUUUUACUGUAUUAUAUUGGUAUCAUCAGGGAUCCACUAAACACAAGAUGUCUCUGGGGGGGUACACCAAGCAAAACUGUGGAUAAGUAUUCGUUCCCAUAAAGUAUCGCAGUUCAAAAACAAGAGAGGAGAAAAAAAAACAGUAAACUGGAACAGGUAUCAGGGUGUAGAAGCAUACUUUUUUUUUUUUCCCCCCCCCCCCAGGAAUUAAACAUAGUAGCUUCUGAAUUUCACAGCACAGGGAAGAGUUUAUGACUAUUUAUUAGUGACAGCAUUUUUAGUGGGUUUCAAUGGUUAAAAGAAAUUGCACAACACUUUGAACAUUUUUCUUGUACAUAAAUAAUUCUGCUCUUUUUUCAUUUAAGUACAUAUUUCUUUCUGUUGCUACUGUGAUUCAUAUCAAAAAGGGCAAAGAACAGGAGCAACUGCUGCUAUCUGGAGAACAAGUGCAGUGCAUGUUACUAAACUAUCUUGUUUGCAGAGCAAUUCUUGCCUGGGUAAUAUAUCCUCCUGAAUGUUGCUCUGUAAAAUGCCUUUGUUAUGCUGCAAAUCUAAAGGAGUCUAAACUAGAUAAUUGUCAUAAUCACCAGUGCGAUUUCUACAUUUUGGGGCUUGCAUCAGUGGUUUCAGCUGAACCUGUAACUAUGGGGCCCUAUUGUAUUCUCUUUUUCAGUGGGAGCAGAAUCAUUUUGUCACACUUUCAAUUCUGUAGUCACAUCAAAUGUGCAGGUGUUCCCUGUACAGUUUCCUUUUCAUCCAAGACUACUUGUGUUGCCUUGUAUUAUCAUGGGGGCGAGGGAGGGGAUGAGGAAUUACAGCACUUGUAAUACUCAAAUAGUGGUGUUGCCUGCAGGCCCACUUUUCCAAUGUUUUAAAUUCCUGCUGUCUUCUGAAAGUACAGCUUUUGCAUUUGCAUUGAUUUAAUGUUUACUGUUGGCUUCAUGCCUACAGAAACUCACCUGUAAUAAAGUAAAGGGGGUAGGUAAGUGUUUUGGUGUCCUGUGCUCUGAGGUCAUAGAUAGCCUUUGGCUUGGGGUUUAAGUAGGUAAAUAUUAUAAACUUUAUAAUCUGUUUACAAUUUAAGCUCGGUUUUGGUAGUUCAUAUUUUUAGUUCAUUUACUGUUGGCUUUUUUUUUUUUUGGUUUGGGGUUUUGCUGUUGGUUGGUUGGUUGUUUUUUUUUCCCAAAACCUUAAUUUUCUGUAUUGAGAUGCAGGUAGCUGGUUUUAAGAUCCAGUGGUUAUCACUGCUGUCCUACGUUUAGGACCAGCAUUUGAAAAGCAUGCCACUAGCAAUUGCACUGAUGUGUGGCAAGAGUCCAUUGCUGCUUCCAUCAGCACAGCAGAGCAGCAAUACCUUGGAUUAUUUGAGGAACUGAUAUGAGGUCAGUCUUAGAUCCUAGUUUGGCAUUCUUGGUAUCCAUAAAUCUGUUCUGAAAGGCUAUGGGAGGUUUUCUUGUGUCAAAAAUAUAGACCAAGCCUAGAAUGACCGUGGAAGCAUGAGAGUGAUGCUUAGGUUUGAAAACGCCUGUGGAAACUCACCUACAUAAGCUUUCUAUCACCAGCUGUGUUGGUCAGCUGGCGAUGACCGUGCUAUAGAUGUAGCUCUAGUCAUAGGAAACACCUUCAUUGUAAAAACAGCCUCACAGUGGUCCUGAGUCAUCGUGCUUCAGAAGGGGAAAGUAAACAUCAAAUAAGUGUGUCUGGAUCAAGGGAUACCACAAUUGUCCACAAGAAGCAAUAACUUCAGAUUACGGUGCGAUAUGCUUCUUUGCCUGUAAGUAUCUUGAGAUUGCCAAUUCUGUGCUGUUUGAGUACUUUCUGUCGUUUGACCUGUAUCUUCCCUAAGUAUGUAAGGGUGUGAAAUAAUUCCCAUACUCAGGUCUGCCAUAAACAUGCUGCUUGCCAGCAGGGGAAGAGUAGACUCCAUGCUGUCUUGAAAUGUGAGGUUUCUCUGAACUUGUAACAUACCCAUGUAUCUUGCGUAGCAACUUGUGUUUUGAAGUUUAUAGUGGAGGUAGCUAUGCGUUGGGUUGUAUAUAACUGUAUCCCAUACAAUACCAAGAGAGCCAUGCUACUGUCAGCACAGGGCACCCCUUGUCCUGUCUCUUAUAAAUUAGUAUGUCUGUAAUAACAGUUCCCAGUUGAAGGAGGUAGCUACUUUUCUUUCAAUGUGUACAUUCAAUGAUGAGGUCUGUGGGACGUAAAAGCGAAAAUACAAAGCACACUGCAAAUGUGUGGUAUUUUAUUUUUGGGAAGAAUAAAGCCUAAAACAGGUGGUCUUAUUUGUAAUCAAUUUAACUUUCAUGUUCAAGGGUAAGUUUACUGCAGUAUUUUGAAAUGGGAAAUAUGUAGGUGAUGUACAAAGACAUGGGUGGAUACUUGUGACUUUCUUUUUUCCUCUCCCCUGCUUCCCUCCCCUCCCCCCCUUAUGAUGGAAAGGGGGGGUUAUGACUGAAUCUCGAGCUUUAUACAUUUAUCCUAGUUCUUAACGUUAGAAGCAUUGGAUUUUAAUUAAGACUUCACUGAAAGGCUGGAGAGCUGGUGAAACUGACUCCCAGAAGACUAAAAUCUCAACAAAUGCAGGAAAGAUAAUUUUUAUACAUAAAUUUGGGUCUUUGGUGUUUCCGGGUGAAAAAUGUUUAAUACAUAAGAUGUGCUUACGAGUGCUUUUAGUACACUGCCUUUUCCAUGUGAGGGCUUCAGAAACUUGUUCCAUUUCUUCUGUGUUCCGCCAAAAGCAGGGAACUUGGCACUUGAAUGUUACUGCUAUCUCUACGCAAACAGCAACAAAGCAUAUGUUGAUUUUGAUAUAGGCCAUGAUCUCUCUGAAUUUCUGUGAAUUUCAGCUGAUUCCCCAUAUUGAAAGGGAAUAUUUGUGUGCAAGUUUGGUAUUGCUGUUUUGUACCUACUCAUUUUGCUGUACAGUUGGGAGCUCCCUGCUGAGAGACUACCGUGUCCCCAGGAGUGCAGAAGUGCUGCUGUGGGAUCUUCCAGCUCGCCUUUGCCGGUGGAGGAUUGUUUCAUUUUUUGAUGAGUGCUAUAUUUUAUGAUUCACUUUGUACCCUUCCAAGCUUAAAAGUCAUUUUAGUAUCAAUUUCUUCUCUUCCUAGCUGAAGACAUGAUACAUUUUAGGCCAUAUUCCCUCAGUCUUUGGACAGGCUUUCCAUUGGCAUCAACAAAAGUAACGUAAGGUUGUAGCUGGAAGAGGAGGACUUGUUACAGGUUUGCUACAACCCAGCCAGAUGUGUUUUUUCCUGCAGCAGUGUCAUCAGCUCAUACCACUUAACUUCUUGUCAUUCAAAAGACUCUGCGUGAGAAAUUUGUGACAGAACUAUGUCCAGGACUUGUUUCCUGAAUGUAAAUCUUCUGAUGUUUCUCCAUGUAAAUUAACCUGCUUCUAAAGUCAAGUUGAAGAUGUUUUAGCCUGUUGGGGGGGUAGAAAAAAACCCCAGUCCUUACUCUCAAGUUGUCUCAAGCUACAUUUGGUUAUCUUACUGCACAGUUUGGCUGGCUUCCCAAGCUGCUGCAUCGCUGCAUCGUGUUCUGUAAAGUCAUUUCUCAAUUAAGUACGUCAGAGCUGAUGGUGGGAUAAACUGUAAAAUGACCUCACUGUGGGGCAUUAUUAGUUGCUGAAGACUUGCUCAGGUAAACCAGCAUAGGAAUAUCCUGCACCUGAAAAAGGUUGGACUUGGUUCUGUCUUUGAUCUAGUAAGUUGCCAGUGUGCAAAGAAGUAAAAGGCAGCAAGCCCGCUAGCUGAUCUUUCUGGCAGCUUUUAAUCUAUGUAUGUUUGUUUGAGAGACUUUUGCCCUUGGGUGUGCUUUGGCAAAGAUUUUGCAAUGAUAAGUAGGAUUUGCUUGAUUCUGGCAGAGUUUCAAGUGUAAGUAACCCGACAUUGCAAGAACAUAAUCUGUUGCUGAAUCCUGUUCCUCUUGUUUUCCCUCAAAUCUGUCCCUUUUAUGGCUAAUUUGUUAUAUUUAAUAGUAAACACCUCUCAACACGACGGGUCACAAGCUCUCAAGGUGUGAAAUGCUAACAGGAAGAGACAUCAAAGCGUGAUUCUGUGCUCUUCCUGUAUAUAUUAAGAUGAAGCUGAAGUUUUUUUGAUAUCGUACAGUCAAGAAUUCCCUCCUAGCUGAUAUUGCCAAAGCACUGUAACUUUCAAGGAAGAAGGGAGGUGGCUUAGCUGUAGAGGGGAUGUUUUAAUGAACUGCUUAAUUUUAAAAGCUGCGGCAUCACACUGAACGAGUGCUGAUCCAGCAUUAACCUUAUCACUUGAAUGAAAAAUCUCAUUCUGGCUCGCCCUACCCUUUGGCAGGUACCUGCUGGUAGGGAGCAGAGUACAUAUUCCCCUCUUUUAUACGCCUCUUCCCACAGAGCUAACCCUGCCUACAACGAGUUAGAGGGAACUCUGAACUGUCUUCUGAAAUGCCACCUGUAUGCGCAGUGGUGAUGGACAAGAUGUCUUCCUUCAUUACCCAGACCAGAAAUCGGAAUGUAAUUUGCAAUGUCUAAUGUAAACCACCUUUUUUUUUGUUGUGGGUUUUUUUUUUCUUUAAAUUGAACAGUAUGAUUGCAAGUUGACUUAAGUUGUUCUAAGGUACUCUUUUCAGUGGUUUGCCAGUACAUAAUCAUGAAUGAAAAUAUUUUUUUUAUUGAUUUUUUAGGUUGUAUGUUUAACAUUCCAUUCAUGUAAAAUAUGUACAAAUAUAUGUAAUAAAUCUUUUGAAGCACA